AUGGAUGGUAGUAGUGGUACUGGUAGCAAUGCAAAUUCAUCUGCCGGACCAUUUACUAGUGAAGAAUCUGCAAGCCAAAGUCAUAGACAGAAAGCGGAUAUAGCAUGGGCUCAUGUUUCUGAAGGUGUAAAUGCACAAGGAAGAAAAACUAUGACAUGCAUUUAUUGUCACAAGACAUUUGCGGGUGGGGGCAUAUUUAGGAUGAAGCAACACUUAGCGGGAGCAAGGGGUAGCAUUGUUUCCUGUAGAAAGGUUCCACCAGAAGUUAGGCAUGCUAUUUCAGUAACUUUGAAAGAUAUUUUUGAGAAGAAAAAAGGAAAAAAAGGAGAAUUUGGGGUAGAAAAUCCAUUUGGUCGAUCUGUAGAUGAAUUUGAUGGCGAUGAAGUCCAAGAAAUUCCCAUUAUUCACACUAAAGGAAUUACAAUCAAUGAGGCAAGUGCACCAUCCGAUAAAGGAAAGCGAAAAGCCACUACACUAGGCCCAGGUAUAUAUAAUUUCUUUAAAGGUGGGCAUGAUAAUUCACAACCCACUAUCAAGGCUAUUUUGCAAAGUAAAGAAAAAUGGCACAACUGUGAUAUGGCUAUUGCCCGUUGGUUUUAUGAUGCUUGCAUACCUAUAAAUGCUGUUAACUCUCCAUUUUUUCAAAAAACUAUUGAUCAAAUAGCAUCAAUGGGUCAUGGGUAUAAAGCUCCAUCUUAUUAUGAUCUGCGAGUGCCUUUGUUGCGAGAAGCUAAGAAAGAUUUGACUUUACUUAUUGAUUCAUUUCGAAGUAUUUGGACUGAAACUGGUUGCACUAUAAUGGGUGAUGGGUGGAAAGAUAGUAGACAAAGACCAUUGAUUAAUUUUUUAGUUUACUGUCCUAAAGGUAUAUCUUUCAUAAAAUCUGUUGAUGCAUCUGAUGUUGAGACAAAUGCACAAAAUUUGUGUAAUUUAUUUGCUGAAAUUGUUGAAAUCGUUGGUCCAAGAAAUGUGGUGCAUAUGGUUACUGAUAAUGCUAGCAAUUAUAAGGCUGCUGGAACUCUACUAAGUGAAAAAUACCCAACCAUUUGUUGGUCUCCAUGUGCUGCACAUUGCAUCAAUUUAAUUUUAAAGGAUAUUGGUCAAAUGAAUGAUGUGAAAGCCAUAGUAUCACUUGCUUCAACUGUGACUGUAUUUGUGUAUAACCACAAGUACACUUUAAAUUGGUUGAGAAAGACAAAAGGGUGGAAGGAGAUUAUUCGUCCAGGAGAAACUAGAUUUGCAACUACUUUUAUUGCAUUAAAAAGUUUGCAUGAUCACAAAGAUAGUUUGCAAGCUCUAGUCACCAGUGGAGAUUACAAAAAGUUCUUGAAAAUAGACAAAGGAAAAGAGGUCAAGCAAAUUGUUUUGGAUGAAAAGUUUUGGAAUAAUUGUUUGAUUACAGUGAGGAUUAUGGGCCCACUUAUUCGUCUUUUGCGUGUUUGUGACACUGAUGAAAGACCUUCUUUGGGUUAUGUCUAUGAGGCAUGUAUAGAGCAAUUAAUGGCAUCAAGAAGCUCUUUAAAAACAAAGAGAGAUUCUACAAGCCUUAUACUGACAUAA